ACAGAGGUGGUGGUGAAAUUGGUGCACAUCACUUUCACAUGAUAGUUUAUUAAUAACAAUUUGCCGAUUUCCUACCGGUUGUAAUAGAUGAUGCUCCAGUCAGUCAACUGUGGUCAUGGAGGGCGAAAUAGUGUUGGUUACAGGUGGAAGUGGCUUCCUAGGUCAGCAUAUAGUAAGGGAGCUCCAAGAAUGUGAUGACAAUGUGAAGGAAAUCAGAAUAUUGGAUUUGAAGCCUUAUCAGAAUUUACUUGGUCAUGUUGAGAAGAAACCAGUGAAACGUUUUAUUGGGGAUGUGAAGCACAAGCAUACAUUGAAAGGUGCAUUUGAAGGCGUAACAUGCGUUUUCCACUGUGCUGCAUUAGUUUCCUACGACUUCCCAGCAGAUGAAGAAAUUUUGGAGAGAAAUAAUGUACUAGGUACAAAGAAUGUAAUUGAGCAGUGCAAGGAAAAUAAUGUGCAGUACCUAAUCUACACGAGCACAACAGAGGUGACUUUGAAACCGUAUUUUCCAAAGUUGGGAUUUUUCUCUGUGGUUGUGAAUCAGACUGAGGCCAAGAUUACUCCACCAACUGACCAUUCACAGCUCGUCUUCCAAGGAUACGCUGUGUCUAAGCUGAAAGCUGAACAACUAGUUUUAUCGGCACACAAUACUGAAUUGAGUAAUGGUACAAAAUUACAAACAAUAGCUCUGAGACCAACUAUGAUGUAUGGAGAGGAAGAUCGUGGCGUGCUUCCAUUCAUAAUGAGCGUUGCCAACUACUAUAAUGGUACUCUGCAGCAAAUUGCUGGUUUUGGUGGCAAACAUCAGAUGACUUAUGCUGGAAAUGCUGCAUUCGCUCACAUUUGCGCAAGGAGGAGCCUGCAGAAGAAUCCUCGAGACAUUGGCGGUCUCCCAGUCUUCAUAACCGACGACACACCCAUCACCGACAUAACCAAAUUCGUGACCCGCGUUGCAAACGAACCCAACACAAAAUUCUACAAAAUGGCCAAGUGGUGCAUACCUACCAUCAUCACGGUUUUUCUGGCGCUUCUACUUGAUUUCCUCGUCAGAAUCAGCUUUCCAUACUUGAUCAGCAAACGACUGCCAGUGUCUCCCAAAGCGGCUUUCAGUUACGUUGCAUCGAUACUGCACUACAGCCGGCUGAGAGCGUCUUUAUAUCUCAACUAUUCACCCAAAUACUCUACUGAAAGCAGCAUGGAACAAUCGAAUAAAUAUUAUACCAGUGAGAAGGUCCGGAAGCUUGUGGAGAUGAACUCAAGAAAGAAAAUUUUCGACAUCAAUGUAAAGAAAGCCGUCUAGAGAGUUGAGUAAGAUUUAGAAUAGUUGGGAUUUUAUGCUUCCAGAAUUAUUUACUCAAACAUCAAUAUUGAACUGUGGAAGUUUUUACACAAAACAGUGAACAAGAUUUUAUUUGAGCAUGAAGGAAAUUACCGAAAAAAUUUGUUUAAUAAUUUUACAGUAGGUAAUUGUAAAUGAUCCAAUAAUUUUAUCGCUUAGAAGGUAUUUCAAGAUAAUAUUAAAAAUAUUUUAG